AGGUGUGUUAAUAGUAUCUCUAAAUUUGUUGAAGAAUUAUAUGAAUACUUAAAACAAAAGGUGAGAAACAAUCCAGAUCUAAUACAAGAUACAGAAUUUGCCAAAAUAUUGUUAGAUGGAUGUGCAAUUACAAAUCCUACACGCUUAAAUA